AUGUCUUCUUCGUCCUCGUCUCUGGAAGCUCGCAAGCAGGAGAUUUUGGCUAAGCGCGCCAAACUCGCCGAACUCAAGAGACAGCGUGCUCUGCGUCAAAAGGAGUUCACAUCAGCCCGCGAGAGUGGAGAUGCAGCAGAGCUAAUCUCCACGCUUGUCGACCGCCCUGGCCGUUCCACUCCUCGCGAUCAGGAUUCUCCUACCACCUCUGCCAAUGUUGGCGCAAGUCGUCCCAACUCCAUCUCGCUCGAUAGCCCUUCUGCCGCUUCAACUCCCGCUCCUCUCUCCAUUGCCAACCAGACUCUCUCUUUCACCGCUGUCUCAACCGUCCUGAACCAGCCUUCAGAUCCCAAGCCAGACGUCAUUACAUACAGUAAGGGUGUACAAACCAGUGAGCCCUGGUCACCCCAACAAAAUCGCCAACCCUCAGAUGAUGAGUCGAGCUAUUCUUCCUCGAGGACAAGGAAACGUUUGAGCAGAAGAGAGCGCGAAAGAGAUGAGGAGUUGAGACAGAACAUUCGCAAGGAGAUUGAGGACGAAUUGCAGGCUCUCAAGCUGUCUGAGGAUGCUGCUACAACAAACGGCAAGCAAAACUUCCCUGCACGCACCUUGACACACGAAGAGCUGGGCGCUGUCACUGCUUCCGACGACUUUCUGGAUUUCAUCGACCGUUCUACAAAGGUCAUCGAGAGAGCGUUGGAUGAAGAAUAUGAUGUUCUUGCCGACUAUGCUAUGCGUGGUGCCAAUGGUCUGGACGACGACGAAGAGGAUGGCCAAACACGCACCACUAGAGGCCGUCGUGUACGCGAGUUGAUGCAGUUCCAAGACGACCGCUGGACAAAACGCCGCAUGAUCAGUGACCUUGACUAUUCUGUCAAGUAUCCUGAAUUGUUGCUGGCUUCAUACACAAAAGCCUCCAAUUCCUCACAAAGUGCUCCUGGCUUGGCUCUUGUCUGGAACGCGCAUAUGCCGUCUCAACCAGAAUACGUCUUUACUGCGACGAGCGAUAUUCUAACUGCUCGUUUCUCACCUUACCAUCCCAGUCUAGUACUGGGUGGUACAUACUCUGGCCAAGUGUGUCUCUGGGAUAUCCGCCACCGCUCACACGACGGGGCACCAGUGCAACGUACACCUCUGGCUGGCGAGAAAGGAGGCCAUGCCCACCCUAUCUACAGUGUUGCAGUAGUCGGUACUCAAAACGCCAGCAGUAUUGUCAGUGUUAGCACCGACGGUACAACAUGCGCUUGGUCGUUCGACAUGCUAUCAAAACCGCAAGAAUAUCUUGAGCUCAUCUCGCCCAUAGGACGCAACCGUACCGAGGACAUCGCUCCAUCGUGUAUCAGUUUCCCCAAGGCAGAUCCCACUUACUUCCUGGCUGGUACUGAAGAGGGAGCCAUCGUGCCGGUCCACAGAUACGACCGUGCUGGUGCAAAGGCUGGCGUUGAUCCUCGUGUGUAUUACACUGGCCAUGCCGCCCCUGUUACUGGCCUCGACUUCCAUCCUAGCAAAGGAAAGGUCGACCUCGGCGAUUUGGCCAUUAGUUCUUCUCUGGAUUGGAGUGUCAAGAUCUGGCGUGUCAAGCCUCCGAGCACAGCUGUUACUACUGCUGGAGUAGGCACAGCUUCUGGAGCACCCGAAAAGCCUCUUCUAGAGAUCAUGCGCGAAGAUGUUAUCUACGAUGUCAAAUGGUCGCCCACAAAACCUGGUGUCUUUGGUUGUGUUGAUGGUGCAGGAAGAUUAGAAGUCUUCGAUAUUAAUGUCGAUGUCGAAGUCCCUGUCGCGCGCGCACAGCCGAGCCACACCCAAGGCGAUGUAUUUGGUGUCAAAAGUUUGAACAGACUUGCUUGGGAACACAAUGAAGGCAAGCGAGUAGCUGUGGGUGGUCUUGAUGGCAUUGCGACAGUCUUCGAAGUAGGCAACGACCUUGGUGGACUGGAGGGUAGCAACAAAGGUGAAGAUUGGUUCGGGGUCAAGCGACUCAUCUCAAGACUCGACAAGUCACGAGAAGGAGUUGACGGUCGAUGA